AGAAAGGCUUGACCAGAAUAUAUCGCUGCAUGAUCGCUUCAGCUGCCUCCUGUCCGCGCCUCGGGCACCCCGCCAGCAGGAGCCGGCUUGCUGAGGCUGCCUUCAUCGGCCUCCGCCCCGCGUAUACCUUACAGCCGAACGCGCUCACUGUAGCCCUCAGCCCCUGCCUACACCACUGCUGCAGCACUUGUCCGCAUGUUGCGGCCGGAUUCAAGGGCCACACGAACCUUCCAAGGGCGACCAUUGGUCAGGCGAUAAGUUGAAGCUGCUUGCAGGCUCCUUCAGCCACUAGGAAAGCAUUCUUCCGCGUUCUCAAGCCGGCACGCUUCGCUGCUGCAGCACUUGUCACCAUAAUGGUGCUGGAGCACACGGCGCAGCAGCUGGCUGGUGGAAGGCCCAAGGAGGAGGUCAUUGUUGGCUGGGGCAACGCCAACACUGGCUAUGGCGGUUGCAUCAGCAGGUUGGGGCGGGGCCCAAACCGGGCACUGCUCCGCCUGCUGGUGGACAAGUACGCGCACCUGGUGGUGUACGUGGACGAGUUCUACACAUCGCAGGGACGUGACGUCAACUCCGCAACCAACAUCCGGCACGCGCUGGUGGAAAUGCUGCUGGGGCACAAGCGACCUGCAUCGCUGCAGACUGGCGGCGGCGGCGGCGGCGGCGGCGGCGGCGGCGGCGGCAGCGGCGGCGGCGGCGGCAGCGGCGGCGGCGGCGGCGGCAGCGGCGGCGGCGGCGGCGGCAGCGGCAGCGGCGGCGGCGGCGGCAGCGGCAGCGGCAGCGGCGGCGGCGGCGGCAGCGGCAGCGGCGGCGGCGCGUGCGCGCAUCUUGGUAGCGGAGGGGGCGGGAAAGGCCACGUGGAGGAGGAGAGCGCAGCGCCGCCCAAGAAGCGGCGCAAGCGCGCAGGCUGAGGAGCCGGCUGGUGUCUAGGUAGCGGUCCGCGGUGGGGCUGGCAGGGAAUGCGUAGCGGCGUGACAAGUAGUGCGGCUGUUGACAACUGUGCUACGUCUGGCUGUGGUUGGCUCUGCUGUGGCAUCGCGAUUGCUAGGCACCUGGUUUGGCUAUGUGCCUGUGGAAACCGACCCCGGCUAUGUCCGGGCGAUGAGGUUGUUCGGCCUCAGAGAGUGGAGGGGCUCAGCCCCUUUUCCCGUGACCGGGGAACACUUGUCUUUGUAACCACUAAAACUC